AUGGAGUUACUCUGGCACAACAUUCCCAUCGCCUUUUUGCGGUUCUUUGAGAGGAAUGAGCGCAAGCCCUGGGAGGGUGACUACCAUUACUAUCGUGUGACAACAACGACCUCUGUUCUCGCAGAUGCGGUAGUGCAGAACUACGGAAUUUUGUUGCGAGCAGUUGCGGAAUACGUGAAGCACCAGCACCACGAUCAUCAGCAGCAGCUCAAAGCAGUGGAACACGCCCACAGUGAAGACAACCUACACAAAUUGCUUUCUGAAGUCGCUUACCAAAUGCAAACGUCUACUACUUAAGUACGUCAUUUACUCGUGUCUCAUAUCUACCACUCCGAUAUAAUGGGCGGACUCGGACAGCCGUUGGGGUGCAGGAUUGCAUGAGCGCCUCACAACUUGUGUUAAUGUCGUUUGCAUUUUCGGUACGGGUAUGAAUGUGGACUUAUGUUUUUGAAUUCGAACCAACGUCGGUAGAGCAUCAGAAAAUCAUAUUGAAUCAAGAUCAAAGAGCCUAUUUAGACUUUGUCAUGCGUGGCUCAGCUGUGCCAACGCUAAGGUCAAAACAUCCUUUCUUUUUGUCUAGCUGAAGCAGGAGAAAUAUGAUUAAAUAGUGGCCACGUGACGUAGUGGUAGUUGUUUUGCAAGCAUACUGUGUCUUACACGCUGCACGGAACUACACUCGCCGAGUUCUAUAAGACCGAGGCGUUCUUCGAGAAAGCAAGGAAGGACUUUCGCGACGCCAUGAACGGCAAUGCGGGAAAAAUUUCUAAUUACUUCUUGGGUAAACACCUUGCCGGGGAACGUCCGGACGAGCAGAUGGCGCAGGCGAUUGAGAUCGUGAACGCUGUCGACGCGAACAUUAGAGGAGAUCCGAAAAAGUUUCUUCAUACCAUGGAGAAGGUGCUGAAGCAGGUGAAGAGCCACCACCUCGCGAUAGAUCACGAUGUCAACAACAAGCACAUUCCCGUGCGCUAUCAAAAGGAAAAAUCCCCCCUCCCCAUAUCGAAAACGAAAUUUGUGGUGCUGGAUUUGAGUACACAAAUCGACUUUGCUAGAAGGCCAAGAGCCGCAGUUAUGGCCUCGUUUGCAGGCAAUUUGUCAUGCUGUUGUUCACUUCCAGCUGCCUCCUGUCAUGCUGAAGAUGGAAGGCUUUCCCACGCAACCCAGCACUACAGUCCGCAUCUUUUUCCCUCUAGCAUGACAAAGCUGAUCUGUGACCACAAAUCUGCAUCAGAGAUUUCCGUUUUGAUAGGGAGUGGAGGUAUUUUUCAUUGUAAUAUACGCGUUGCGAACUUCAUCACUUCGUUCGUUGCCAGGCUGUACAGUGAGCCGACAGAUCCAUCCGAUCAGUGUGCGCGUUUUGUCUUUGUCGACAACGGCAUGCGGGACGGGAUUUCGCACGGCGAAUUCUGGGCUCAAAUGUAUAAGUGGAAGGUAAACGUCCUACGGGAACUGCUCAAGAAAAUCCUGUUGUUGGACUAUCAGCAUCACAGUCACCGCGAGAAGGACAAUAACCCGCAUAAAGCGCAGAAACACCACACGGACGUGAUUGACGCGUUUUUCACUCACAUGAUUGAGAUUCCCGGGUUCACCAAUCUGAUGGAGACCGGGGCAAUUGUCGGAGGGGCAGCUGGGGAAGCUGUCGCGCACUCCCAUCAUACGGAGGAGAUCGUCAAACACCUGAAAAAAUUGCUUCAAGAACAUUACGACGGAAAAGGGGUGGAGGUUCCGCGAUCCUCCAGUACACUGGAAACCGAGUCCACGUCUACUGCGCCGCUCCAAGAACUUUUGUCCGCGACGGUGCCCCCGCAGGCGAAGACCACUGUUUCUGCCACGGCAACUCUCACCUCCGGUGGCGCAUCCUCCUUUACCACCACCACGGCGGACCAGUACUUUUCCACUGCGGACGGAGAGCAAUGGAUCGGAGAAACGAAGCAAACCUCCGCCGCCGGCGAGAACAAGAACGGUGAAAACGGUGACGGCGAAGACCACUCUGCUCUUGACAAGCAACCGUCUCUUCCAUCUUCGACUGCUGUCACGACGAAAAUGUUGAACCAGCGGGUUACGAUCUCCGGCCAGAAGAAGAACUACAACGACCAGGCGGGGGACACCGGGAAAACAAGCAGGGAUCACGGAGUUUUCACCCUGGCGGGCACCUUCGACGGAGCGGAGAGAGCGGGAGUGGGGUUGCCUGCGGGUACGGCGGAUGAGAAUAUUGCCGGAAAAAACUGUUUCACCGCUGUAAACUACCUUUGAUGCAGGGCUGACUCGACAUGCAAGACGAAACUUUGUAUCUUGCUAGAAAUGCGAGAAGCGGGGUAGCACCAAAUAGUCUUGUUUUCCUUUAGGAGGCACUCAUAGCUGAUUUUGUGAGUCAUGUAGGGUGAUGAAAUUGUUGUAAUGCAGAUCAUUUUGCAAAAUCAUGAGCAUCGCAGUGAGAGUGAAACCCAUGAUUUUUUCGUGCGAUAGCGAUGGACCUCAAAUUCUCGGCGAUGUUGGAGCUGAACGGGGAGCAUAUCAAAAGGAAAAAUCCCCCCACCACAUACUCAAGCUGGAAAUUUGUGAUGCUGAUUUGUGGCCGCAAAUCAUGUUGUCAUGCUAGAAGACAAAAGAUGCGGACUGUCGUGCUGGCUGGCGUGACAAAGCCUUGCAUCUUCAGCAUGACAGGAGGCAACUGGAAGUGGCAAACAGCAUGACAAAUUACCUGCAAUGAAGGCCGCAGCUGCGGCUCUUUCCAUUCUAGCAAUACAAACUGAUUUCUGUGCGCAAGUCCAGCGUCACGAAUUUCCUGUCCGAUAUGGGGAGGGGGGAUUUUUCCUCACGAUAGAGCAACAAGACGCGCCCGCAGUCGAGGAGGACGUGUUGUUCGAUGGCCAGUGAGGGAGAAUCCAGCAUGUUGUGGAGGAACGAAGAUGAUCUUGUUUUACAGGUUGUACAACGGAAUUUUGUGUUUCAAGCGGCAAACUUUAUAAACUUAUGUAAUUGCUUCAGAGCAGAUUUAUAGUGAGACUUGUUAAGCUACAGCACGGACAGUUCAAAAGAGAAGAUUUUCUUACCACUGAAGUUGAGACUUUACACUAUGCAAUUACAGAAUGACUAACAGUACUAGUACACUGUUGACUUCUAAAAGACUCACACAAUUGUUCCUAUGACAGAGACCGUGAGGACCGUCUGUUUCAUUAUUCUCGUGUUGGCCGAAAAACGUUUAUCCGAUCUCCCAAACUUCUACCACGAUUGAAUUUACAAAAUGAGAAAAAUUAUAUCCACAGGACGACUUCCAACGACUCUAUGAUACACACUUUUAAUUAUUUUUGCACCACAUUGUUUUUCAGUUUACACAUACUCAGUUGCACUGCCAUCCUGCCACAUGCGGAUGGAUUGAUGUUGAAUAGAUAUGAUAAUGCUGCUAAUGUAACAUGUUUUCAUGAAGAAAAAAUCGCUUUUGCUGUUGCUGUAUAUAUUCUAGAGCAAAAGAACAGUGUGC